AUGUCGACUGCCACACAGACGGACCAACUGGUGGCGGAUCUGCAGGCAAUCGCAAGCUUCUUGGCGACGAUGAAGGAUGCUGGCAAUUACGACUCUGUUCGUGAAGGGCAGGUCCUGGCCCUCAUCCAGCGGGUUCAAAGCAUGAGGCUGAAGCCCCAGGAUGGCACAGCCUUGGUGAAUGCUUGGCAGCAGGGCCCUUGGACACAGACACAGAGCCAGAGGUUCUCCGAAGCAAUCGCUGCCGUCGUUUCGAACCAGAGCAAUGCUGCAACAGACAAGCGAGGCAUGCAACACCUCAGCAGUUUCGAACACUUCUUGUCAGUGAAGGACAUUGAGAUUUUGGGUGGCCAAUGCAACAACACAAUGAAGCUGGAAUGCCUCGCAAGCAGGUGCUGCAGACUUCGUUUGGUGUGCCCAAGCGAGCCUUCAGUCCGAGCCAUUCUCGCAGCAGGAGUGGCACACGGGGCCAAUUUGGGAUCGCCUUCUGAAUCCUAUGCACAUAGUGUGACUUUCAAGAAGAUACUGAAGCAGAAGGCCAAGCAAGUGGGCAGAAAUGGAAUCCAUUUGCUCCACUACCCCAGCUCCGUUGAGGAACUUCCUGCUGAGCUUCGCACUCCAGCCCACGAUGCAGACGACCCCGCAUGCUCACCCCAAAGCCUUUCUCCUGCCGAUGUGCGCAAGGCUUCUGGACAGCUCGUCAUCCGAGGCUCUGACAAGAGGGUCAAGAACUCUGGCACGGGAGGCUUCAUGCAGACCAUGCAGCAGCCCUGGCCAAAUCCCAUGGGCAUGGGCAUGGGAUCGAUGCCAGACCCUUCUUCGAGCAUGACAAUGAUGCGCUGGCUUCGAGGCAUGCAAUGCAUGCAGCAGAUGAUGCAACCAUCCAAUCCCGAUCAGCUUUUGUCGAACCUACAGAUGUUCAGGCCCGGACAAUCGCAGCAGGCAUCACAGGCAACUGCCAAUGUUCAGCAGCAAGCUCUUGUCACAUCGUCCUCCAGUGCCAGUGGUCAAAAUGCAGCUUGCACUGCUGGUGUGCAGCAGCCAUCACAAGUUGCCCUGCAGUCGCCGAGUCGUGAGACCGCAACCGUCUUUCAGGAUCUUCAAAAUUCGCCACCUGCUGGUGGGGUCGCACCUGGCAAGACGGUUCAAACGGAGCUGGACGAUGACGGGAUCCUUGCCGCUGCCGCCCUUGUGUCAAAUUCCUUGGACGAGAAGAAGGGUGAGAGGAGUCGUGCCUCCACAUCUUUCAAGAAUGGUAGUGCAAAGGGCAAGGGAAAAGGCGCCAAAAAAACGAAGGGCAAGGGCAAGGGCAAGAAGGGCACGAAUGGCGACAAGACCGUCGGCAAGAAGGGCAAUGGCAAGGGGGAGGGCAACAGCACCAAGGUGAUGAAGAAGCCCGCCAUGGCAAAGGCAAAGGCCAUGGCGAACCCAGCGACCGGCACACGGGAGUACUAUGCCAACUUGCCGAUGAAGAAGAGAUUGGCCCUGCGACCACACGGUUGCUCGAAGUGUCGCUGGAGCCCUGGCUGCCGGAUCCAUAAAGAUGGCUCUGGCUGCAUUGGGCCGAAAGCACAGGCAGUGUUGAAGGACGAGUCUCAGGUGAAUCUGCCAGUGUUGAAUCUGCCUGCUUUUUUGUGGCAUUUGCGCAACGACCUUCCGCAGUUCGCAACCUUCUUCCAGAAGAGGAUGCACGUGCAUCCGAAUGGGCCAGAUCGUGCAUGGACCAUGACACUAUAUUCGGACGAGAUAAGUCCUGGCAACCAGCUCAAAGUUUCCAAUAGCAGGAAAGUACACGGGUUCUAUGUGACCUUUGACCAGUUUGGCGCCGAGGCAAGGUGCCGGGAAAACUUCUGGUUUUGCCUCUCCCUGGCAAGGAGUUCUGUGGUGAACCAGCUGCUAGGAGGACUUUCAGGCCUCACCCACGAACUGAUCAGCUCAGGCCCUGUGAAAGCUCUGACGACUGGCUGCAUGUUGACGAUGCCCGAUGGGCAGAGAUGCAUGUUUUUCGCAAAGUUGGGAUCUAUGCUGGGCGACGAAUCAGCUUGGAAGUUUGUUUUUGAUGUGAAAGGAGCAUCGGGGACCUUGCCGUGUCCCCUGUGCUCCAACAUCAUCAGCAGAAUCAAUGCUGCUGAAGAUUACGAUGCGACUGGCACUUUAAGGAGCAUAUCCUGCACGGAUCCGAACGAUUUCGUCCUCCGGACAGAUGCUGAAAUCUUUCGGGCACACGAGCUACUGGAAAGGCGGCAGGCGACGAUGUCGAAGAAGGAUUAUACUCGAUUGGAACAAUCCUUGGGUCUCAACUGCAACCCCAAUGGAGUCCUGCAUUAUCGGUCCAUGCCACUCGUGCAGUCGUUAAUGUUUGACUGGAUGCACGUGUUUCUCGUGACGGGCCUGGGGCAAACAGAAAUGGGCUUAUUGCUGCCCCUGUUGUACAGUGCCGGUCAUUCGGCGGAGACUUUGUUGGCUUACAUGAUGCAGAUCCAAUGGCCCCAGAACCUUCGUGGUAGAAUCAAUGAGACAUUGCAGCUUUUCAAAAAGAAAACCUCGCCGAACGAGUUCAAGUCGUCAGCCUCGCAAGGGCUCAAUGCCUAUCCUUUGGUGCGGAUGUUUCUGCUGAGCUUGGAUGUGUCUAGCAUGGACGAUGCACUCAAGUUGGCCGUCAGGUCUUUCUUGAAGUUGUGCAUUGUCUUGGACAUUCUUUUGUCCAUCAAUCGUGGCGAAAGUGAUGCCAGUCGUGGUUUGGAAGGAGCCAUACAGCAGCAUUGCCAAGCCUUCAUAAGAGCACAUGGCGAAGACCACUGCACUCCGAAAUUCCAUUAUGCCCAACACCUGGGCAGCAUGGCUGCAAGCAAAGACCUGGUGUCGUGCUUUACGCACGAGAGGAAGCACAAGGAGGUCAAGAACUUUGCAGAUCACAUCAAAAACCCUACUAAGGGUUUCGAGGAUGCCAUCAUGAAGGAUGUGCUCGGCCGGCUCCUCCUAAAAAUGGAAGGCAGCACCGGACUUGUGCAGCCGCAUUUGAUCCCCCCCAAGCCUGCGAGCCUUCUUCUCAUGGCGAGUUUGGUGAGUGCUUCCGUGGGCCAAGCUCAAGGGGCUUUUGCAGCUCAGGUUUCACCUGGCUGCAUUGUCCACAAAGCUGACUUUGUUAAGCUGAAGUCCGGUGAUGUAGCCGAAGUGUGGUUGCAUGCACGACUCGGCUCCGGCGACCUUGUCACUUUGCUGCAGCCGUUUGCUGGCCUUGGUCGAAACAUGUACCAGCAGAAUGCGGGCAUGUCAAAUAGCCUGCAAGUGUCCAUCACACCGGUACCGCCCCCCACCAUGGGUGGUGGAAUCAGGAAGGGGCAAGGGUCGUUGGGGGACGCCGUUCUCCACUGGCCCGGAGACGGAGUCCUCGAGGAUCUGGGCCUGAUAUCGACGGAAACCAGCAUGUUCGCUGUGGACGAGUCCUACGUUGCUGCAACCAAUGCGGUCACCAUCAAUACUGGGGCGAAGCAUGGUGUAUGCGAUGCGGAUGGGUGCGCAACCACCGAAGGUGGCGCUACGAGCGCCGACCGAGCGAUCACCGCCCAGGAGGGUCCCCCCAAUGCCCAAGGCAAAAGUCCAGAUCGUGGCCUCUUCGUGGUCCUGAAGCUAGUGGACACGGGGGAACAGGGGAGGCCCUGGAUGGGCGCCACCGCCACCACCCCCAUCGAGCACAAGGGAGUCACGGCCCAAGCCGGAUGCGGGGAACCUAGUGGACUCAUCGCUACGGGUGCAAUGGUUGCGGACGAUGAAAUCUCUGUAAGAGAAAUCAAUGCCCGGGCUGCAGCUGUUGGCGUCCCAAACACGGGUCCCUUAUCAACAAUGGCCCCUCUCCGGAUGCUUUUUUUGUUCCACCCUCGGGCGUCUACAGCCACAGUGGUGCUGAACAGGCGAGACAUCAUUGAUGGGUGUCUUGGGGCUCUGGCAGAAGAGGCUUACAGUGGCAAGGCUUCGGCGAAGGCGUGGGAGUCAAUUCAGUCUUUGGGUGGCCCACCUCCCGGCCUAGCCGAGAGCGAGCGCAUGGAGGAAGAACCUGAGGUGUCACCAUCCGGGGCAGCCACGGCCUCAGCGAGCUCGCCGACUCCCACCUGGAGCUGUUCCUAUUUCGCCAACAAAGGCAUGGGCAAAGGGAAGGGCAUGGGCGCACCGCCCAGCAGCUUCCACCUACCCCAGUGGAGCCGAAGAGGUAUGCGCCAGGGGAUUUUGCACAUGAGGGGUCUUCAAACGGUGGUGGAGCCUCCACCCGGGCCGGCCCCUAAGAAAGCAAGGGGACCUGCAGAAAAGGACCGACCGAUGGCCAUUGUGGUCUCCAAUGGAGAAGCGCUUUGGUUCACCGUUCGGGCGCUGGAUGAGUCGACGCCACAUAUGGUGCUGCCCUGGUCCGUCUUCCAACAUGUUGUUAUGUGCCGUCGGGCUUUGUGCGGCUUGCAAUCCUGGGGACGGGUCGGCGUCAUCGUCAUCAGACGGAUAGCCCAGGACAUUCUGCACUGGGCCCGUCGCAAGGGCUAUAUGUCCCGGAUCUACGCGGCCAACCAGAGCAACCCGUGCUUCAUGGAUUUGCAGGAGGCUUACCCUGAACCUCAAGGUGACCUACCGCCCCUAAGCCCUGCGACUGGUGACCACCGCACUAUGUUCACGUACCAAGACUUUCUUCGGAAUCCGAGUCUUGGUCAGGACUAUCGGGCAGGAGAGCGGCCACCACGCCCUGGUCGAACUGACCUCCCAUGCAUUUACCCGGCUCCACUGCACCAGCUUCUCUUGGCGGAGACCUACGCUGAAGCAGAUCAAGCUCGAAAUGUUAUGGGGCGUUGGGCCAUGCGGAUGCUGGGCGAUGAACCUGCGGUUCCACCCGAUGAAGGCGUACCGCCUGCGGAAGGAGGUGCUGGCGACUCCGCCCAAUCCUCGCACCCGCCGGAGCAAUGUGUGGUUUCCGACGAUGAGGAGGCCGAGAACGACAUUGACCUCAACGAGGAUGAGGUUGCAGAGGUGGUGAAAGCCACCAACGACACUGCCAGGAAUGACCCAAAGUAUGUGGCUGACCUCGAGGCUGGAGUGACCUUGGCGGCUGCCUUCCAGCGACAUCGCUCUCGCUUUCGUGCGGUACAGCACCAAGUGGCGCAGGGCAACGUGGCGCUACAGCCCAGGGCCACACCCUUGCAAACGGUGAGGACCUUGCCUCCGAUGAUGAGCUUAGGUCGCUCCCACCGGCUCUACCUGCUGAACAGGCUGGAGCGGCUGGAAAGGCAAGGUGUCACCUGGACCCAAGACGAAGUCGGGGAUUGCUACACGAUGGAGCAAUUCCUGGACUAUUUGGAGGCCAGAGUCCGGGCCGAUGCGGAGAGAGCGGAGCCGACAACAGCUUCCAAGUCGGCGGGUGCACCACCCCACACGGGUGCUCCACCCCAAGGGAAUGCUACAUCGAGCACCUCGACUGCGAGCUCGUCGGCACCGACCAGUACAACCGCAGCCGGGCGGCCAGAUCUUCCACGACCUCCCGCCAAUUCUCCGGAAGAUCCAGGUACCAGGCGGCCAGUUCCUCCUCAGCAGGGCAACGAUCCGCCGGAAGCUCAACCCUCGGCAUUUUCUGCGACGAUUGAGGGAAGGGAGGAAGCAGGCGAUACCGCCCAAGCAGAAGCUGACUUACCAGCUGAUGAUUCAGCUAGAAGGUCGGCCGUGGGCGGGUACCGCCUCUGA